ACUGUAUUUUUAUUCUAAGGAACAACACCAGCAAAAAAAAUUACUCAAAGUACCGUAAAUUUGACUUUUAUCUGUUUUUAAAUCCUCUAAAUCAAUAAGAAGUAAAGAAAAACUUGGCGGAAAAAUCCGCGGAAUCAAGAAUGGAUGAUGCAUUCUGUUUACAAUUGGAAGCAGCACUUCUAGAUGACUGCACUGUCAACGAUAUUUACGCAAUAUGUCAAGGAAAAAGAACUUUUCCCGACACUCUUCGUUCUGAUCUCUGGAUGUGUUGUCUGGUCACUCAUAAAUCUGAUGCGCUUGCUCAUUUCGAUGAAAUUUACGACUUACCAUUUCAAAAACUAUUACGUAGCGAUUGUCAAAAUUUCGUCGACACACUUGGAAAUGACGAAUUGGAACAAGUUGGAGUGUUGAGCGAUCUCGAAUCGAUUUUAACAUUUUAUUGCAAGAAUCGUAAUUUGAAAUAUGAGUCGAAUAACGGAUGGAUUGAAACACUGCUUCCAAUUCUGUCAUUGAAACUUAAACGUUCUGAUACUUACAAUCUCUUUGAAGCGAUUCGUGACACUUACAUACCCAAAGACAGCAUGAAACAUAGCAACGUUUACCAUGUUUUCCGGCUUUUAAUUCUUUACCAUGAUCCUGAACUUUGUGCUGUUCUUGACACCUACAAGAUAACACCGGAAAUGUAUUCGAUGAGCUGGUUCCAAUCACUCUUUGCCUCAACUUGUCAGCUUUCUGUAGUUCUUCUCAUCUGGGAUUUGUACUUUCAGCAAAGUGAUCCAUUUCUUGUAUUCUUUCUCAGCCUUAUAAUGCUUGUUAACCGUCGUGAUGAGAUUAUUAGUAUGCGUCGUGAAGAGAAAACAUCGAUUGUUGAAUUUCUCUCAAAUAUGCCAUGUGAGCUUGAAGCUGACGAUGUCAUUGAUUUCUGUUCAUUAGCUCAAUACUAUUCAACACGAACACCAUCAUCGUUCAAAUCAGAGAUGUUGAAUCAAUUAUUCGGGACACAAACCAACAUUGAAGAGCCAGUUCAUGUUUCACAAGCGUUGUGUCUGCCAGUUUCGGUAUAUGAACUUAUUGAAAAUUCAUCCGGAAAGCCUGAAGGUUCUGUGAGAUUUUUUCUUGUUGAUUGUCGUCCAGUUGAUCAAUACAAUUAUGGACACUUACCCACUGCUUUUCAUCUUGACUACAAUCUUAUGUUGACAGAACCAACUUCUUUCCAAACGGCUAUGCAAGGAUUGCUGAGAGCUCAAAAAAGUGCAAUAGAAGUGAAAGCAUCUGGCGAACAUCUUUGUUUCCUUGGUUCAGGAAGAAUUGAAGAAGAUCAAUUUGUUCAUAUGGUUGUUGCAUCGUUCCUACAAAAAAGUACGCAAUUUGUUUCGAUUCUCAGUGGAGGAUAUGCGGCCAUUCACGAUUACUUUGGUGAUACAAUGUUAGAUUGUCUGGAAGAUCAUGAUGUUCAUCGAUGUUUGAUCUGUUCAAAUGGAAUUAAUAACAAUAAUAAUAAUUUGCCAUUAAAAAAUCAAAAACCAUCAACAAGUUCUGCUCAAAAACCACAAUUUGAUUUGUUUAGUAAAUUUUCAACUGCAAUGAAAAGUAAAACAUCAGAUGUUAAAUCAAAAUUCUUUGAUAUCAUUGCUAAUCCAUCACAAUCAAGUAAUCAAAAUCAUGCGAAAUCACAAGAAGAAACAGUAACUGAGAAACAUGUGUCGAUGAGUGAGAAGAAUGGAAAACGUUAUCGAAAUCUUGCGCCAGUUUUUGGUCUUGAUGAAGAUGAAGCUGAUAUGGGUGCUGAUUUUGUUGAGGAAGAAAAUGACUCUAAAGAGCUCAUAAAUAUUCAAGAGUAUUUGAAGGGAACACCCGACCUCGUUAAAUCAUUCAAGUGUCAGGAAGUGCAAAUAAAUGGUGCAAUGUAUGAAAGUUAUUUAGUUUUAACAGCAACGAGAAUUGAAGUGAUUCGUGAAGUUGAUAAUGGAAUGGGAAGAAUCCAUGUAAAAAGGCCGCUUACAAAUAUCGUAAAGAUAACAGCAAAGAAAAGACAUCGUGAUUUGAUAACAUUCAAGUAUGGAAUGCCUGAUGGGGAUAAUCUUAUCAUAACUGACGAUAAGUUCAUAAGAGAAGCCAUGAAGACUGACUGGAAUGAAACGUUCAGAUUCGAUGAGGAAGAAAUCGAAUUAGCACAAAUCAAUGGUGAUGGCAUUGAUGCAGUUGCAAAUUCAUUAAACACAGACAUGUCGCUGUUAGCUGUUCGUUCGGCGCCAUUUCUUCUGAGUGAUUACUGUUCAUCAUCGAUAAGAAGCGCAAGUGUGUCGAGUUCAUUUUCGGAUAUAGCAUCAGGUUCAAUGGAUCUUUCAUCAUCUGACAUGCUUAAUCUGGAAGAUAUUAAGAUUCAACUCAGUCAAUACUGUUUAACUUGUGGUGUUUGUUGGGCUGAUGAACAUUUUUCGUUUGACUGUUCAGAGUGCGGUGGGUACAGCAUGAUAAGACCAUGUUUGAAUUGUGGUGGAACAUGUGGUGUUUUAUGGACACGAGAUUUUGCAUUGAGUCACGCUUGUCAUGCAGCCAAGUGGAAGGGCAACUGCAAACAUUUUCCCACCUUGCAACUCGAUAAAGUGCCGCCUGAAAGCACAAUAAACUUCAUCAAUCCAACAACAACCGCUAACUCAAUAUGCGGUAUGAGCCAAUUCUUUCCCAAUGAUCUUCGACAUCGGCUUGAAAAGUUAGAGAUAAAAUCAUGAACAUUCGAUCGUUAAUAGUUUCUUUAUAUUUCGUUCGACGACUUGUAAAUUUAAUGACAGGGAAAAUUAUAAAAAGAAGAAAUUGUUCUCUUAAACUGAAUGAUGACUAACUUAAAUAAGUAUCUUGAACAAGAAAGACAAUUCAUGUGAUAAAAGAAGAAAUGAAAAAGAAAAGUUGAAAGUCACAUCCUUUCAGUCUUGAAUCUCUCGAUGCAUUUAGCGAAUUAAAAAAAUCUUUUUUCUAGUUUUUCUUUAUUUUGUAUUUUUUAUUUUUUUAAUUAUUACUUCACAAUAAAAAAGAAAAGAUUUAAAUGCGACGUCGAUCAUUGAUCGAUUAAUCGACUUUCAACAUCCCCUCACAUUUGAUUAACUCAAUUUUUCUUCUUAAACCGAAUUUUCUUUUUAUAAUUUCUGUCUUAAUCCUAAGAAAAACUGAAAGUUUGUUCACACGAAUGACGUUUGUUUGAAGUAUAUGGAGUACUUAUUUGUGUAAAUAUUAGGAAAAGAAAAAAGAAGUUUUGUGAAUAAAGAAAACAAUUGCUUAAGUAUCUUAACUACAAUUUUAUAAUUAACAAAACAAGUAUAACAAAAGGUUUAUAGAAAAACAAAAAUCUUUAAUAAUUAGUGAGAACUUUAGAUUGUUUCUUUACAAGUACGGUGUUUACAAUGGAACAAUCGAUAAUCAUCAUUAAAUCACACAUUUCAAUUAUAAGUUAAAACAAGAGAAUUGGAAAAAUUAAAAUUGUGAAGACGACUAAAGUUAUUCCUUAUAUUUAGUGAAAUUUUAGUCGUCUUCACAAUCUCUUAUCCCGAUUUAAACAUUCAAAAAUUUCACCGCAUCUAUCUCCCAAAUCUCAGAUUUAUUGAAAGUUAGAAAAUCUU